AUGCCGUGGACAGAAAUCCUCAACGACCUCAACCACGACCACGCCAGAGACCAGCCCGCAGACGCCCUCCAGUGGGGUGCAGACUGGUUCCACCACAGGCUCAGGCAGGAGCGUCAAGGCCCCGCCUCUGACCCCGUCGCCAAGCGAGGGCCACCCGGCACUCUGGCAUUCAGUAACCCCACCUUCGACUUCCAACAGCCUCACGCCCUCUCGCCCUUCUCCGAGAUGGGCCCCUCUGACUCGCCAUUCGGCGGUCCCGCAGCGGGUGCUCGCAGAGCAACUGUCCCCACCGGCAGCAACCUCUCGGCUCCCCCCAUCUUCAGCCCUCCGUUUAGUGCUGGUGGAGCCGGCGGCGGCGUCCCUGCUGAAGACCGCAGUCCUUUCAGCGAGGGUGGCGCCGGAUUCAACGCCUCGCCCUUUGGGAACGGUGGCAUCCAAUCCGUCCCUGGCCCCAACGUCGCCUCUGACGACCCUCCCAUCCCGUCGUAUGCUCUCGGUCGAAGGACAUCCGUCUCUGCCGAGUCACUCGUGCCCAGUGGCCAGAGGUCUUACACUGCUGGAGGUCUGGAGACGACGAUGGAGGAAGACGAGACGACUCCCAACCCCUCGCAUUCUUCCGGCCUCGCGCCCACGCCAGUUUACCCCAAGACCGACGAGCAGCAGGCGCGUAUACGCCAGGCCAUCCAACCCAACUUCUUAUUCCGAAACCUGGAUGAGGAGCAAGAGUCUGACGUGCUCGCUGCGAUGAAAGAAGUGAGCGUCAGUGCCGGGGAGACUGUCAUUGAGCAAGGCGCGGCGGGCGACUACUUUUACGUUGUCGAGAGCGGUAGGCUGGAGAUCUUUGUCAAGAAGGAUGGACAGGUCAUCGAUGCCGAGAAAGGCGACAGACCAGAGCUGGGCAAGAAGGUCGCUGAAUGCAAGGAAGGCAGCUCAUUUGGAGAGCUUGCGCUGAUGCACAAUGCUCCCCGAGCCGCUUCCAUCAUCUCUCUCACCCCUUGUACCCUUUGGGCCCUCGACCGCGUCUCCUUCCGCACCAUCCUCCUCGAUCACACAUCCCGCAAACGUCGCCUGUAUGAAUCCUUCCUCUCCGAGGUUCCCAUCCUCGCUUCCCUCCAGCCCCAAGAACGCGCCAAGAUUGCCGAUGUUCUCGAGUCCAAGACAUUUGCUCCUGGUGAGGACGUUAUCCGCCAGGGUGAGGCGGGCGAUGAAUUCUACCUUGUCGAGAGUGGAGCCGCAGUAGCUAUCAAGAAGGACGAGGAGGGAAGGCAGGCUGUUGUCAAAAAGUAUGGUCCGGGAGAGUACUUUGGAGAGUUGGCUCUGCUGAACAGGCGGACGAGGGCGGCCACCGUGAUGGCGGACGGGCAGGACAACCUCAGGGUUGCUGCUCUGGGCGAACAGGCCUUCACCAGGCUACUGGGUCCUGUCAAGGACAUCAUGGCUAGGAGUGUGAGCGAGCUGUACGGAUUCUCGGCCGGGAGGGGAUCGGUGUAG